AUGGCGGAGACGUGGGCAGAGGGAGCGAGAAAGGGAGUGGCUCCAAGAGGCGGCCGCGGAGGCUACGGCGGAGGCGGAUGCAAAAUCGGAAUGCGAACGGCCGGGCCUCUUGGGGGAGGAAGCGUGGGCUUCGUGUGGUCCGGACAUUCAACUGGAGAAGCAGAGCGUGCACCGGUGGCGGAGCAUUGUAUCGAUUUUAAGAUCAUGUUUCCUUCCCCUUCUCCUCCACCGCCGCCGCUGCCGCCGCCGCCGCCUCCAGGCCGUCCUCCUCAAUGGAUAUAUGAUGUGUUCGUGAGUUUCCGAGGCAAGGAUCUGAGGAGAAACUUCAUAUCGCACCUCUUCUCCGCUCUGAGGCAGGCCUCCAUCCAAUACUUCAGUGACAACGCGAGAGAAGACAUUGGGGAAGAAAUUAAAUCCAAGCUUUUCAGAGCGAUUUGGCAUGCGAGAAUUUCCCUAAUCGUGUUCUCCAGAAGCUACGCUGACUCGAAGUGGUGCAUGAACGAGCUGGUCGAGAUUCUGGAGUGCAAGAAAAGGUUUGGAAACCAUGGUCACCUGAUUGUACCCAUCUUCCAUGAUGUAAAACCCGAAGACAUUUCGAGGUUGACGAGCGGAAGCGAAUUCGCUCAAGGCUUUGAGAGACUGCGUGGAAACGAGAGAGAUGAUAGGCAGAUACAAAAAUGGAGGGACGCCCUGAGAGAGACUAAGCAUUUGUCAGGAUUCGACUUGAGGAACGAUGCGGGAGAGGAUGAAAGGACACUCGUGGAUAUAAUUGUAAAGUACCUUGUCGAGAAAAUCCGCGAAACACGGCUACUCAACUUUGCGACAAACGCAAUUGGAGUGGAAUUGUUGGUAGGCGAGGUGAUUUCUUUAAUUAAAAUGGGCCAAGAGGAGGACGUGCGCGUCGUAGGUAUAUGUGGAGUAGAAGGAAUAGGCAAGACGACGGUGGCUGCAGUCAUCUGUGAGCGCAUUCGCUCUGAUUUCCAGUGUUUCGUCUUUCUUGAUAAAAUCGGAGAAGCAGAUUGCAACAGUCUUGUGGGUCUAUUAGGCCUACAAAAGAAGCUGCUCCAUAAUCUCAUAAAGGUGGAAGGAUUGAGGACGUAUGACGACAUUCAGACCAACAUCAACGAGAUAAAUAGUAACAUUUCCCGUAAGAGGAUACUUCUUGUUCUUGAUAAUGUUACUAGGAAAGAACAGAUCGACUACUUCGGGGCCGGAGAACGAGAACAUCUGUGUCCCGGGAGCAGAAUUUUGAUCACGACCAAAGACCAAAACUUGCUAAAAGAUCUCAAGGUAGAUGAUAAGUAUAUCGUCAGAGGAUUGGACCCGAAUGAAGCGCUUCGGCUCUUUUGUCGCCAUGCCAUGAAGAGAGAAGAACCUGAAGAAGCCUAUGAGGAGUUGUCCCGAAGUCUGGCUCAUUAUGCAGGAGGUCAUCCAUCGUCUCUUAAAAGGUUAGGCUUGUUCCUAAACGGCAAGCCAAAACACCAAUGGCAUCAGACAUUGGAGAAGUUGGUAAGAAGCCCUUAUCUUGAUUCGCUCUCUCCUUCCUUCUGGUCGGUCGGGCCAUAUGGAGGUCAAGGUAGUGUUGCUUUUGAUGAUGGGAGACGCACUGGUGUGAGGCAAAUUAGGGUCCAUGGAGGGUCAGUUAUUGAUUCCAUCACCAUUGAUUAUGAUCAGAAUGGGUGUUUGGUGAGAUCCUUACGGCACGGUGGUGGACACAUCCAGAUUAUCGAAAGGGUCGGUUUUCUGCAGAUUAUGCGUGUUGGCUUUCAGAAGCUGGUGAAAUUGGAUCAUCCAAGUGAAUACCUAGUGUCCAUAUCAGGCCAUAUUGAUAAUUAUGGAGGUCAUGAUGUUAUUCAGUCUCUCAAGAUCCACAGUAACAAGAAGACGUACGGACCAUUUGGUUCUGAAAGAGGACGGCCUUUUGAUCUCUCACAUUUUGGUGGACGUAUUAUCGGGUUUCAUGGGAAAUGUGGCAGCCAUAUCGACUCAAUCGGAGCCCAUUUCAGACCAAUUUCUCACGUGUACCCGUUUGAUGCUGUGGGACCCUUUGGUGGUGAUAGUGGUAUGGAUAUUUGGGACGACGGAAAACACACAGGUGUGAGGCAAAUCGUCGUAGGCUUCGAUUCGGCAAUUAAGUCCAUCUCUAUCUUAUAUGAUGAGCAUGGAUGUCCAGUUGGUCCGUUCACACAUGGCCCAAGUGGAGGAGGCAAAACAUAUACGAUUAAGCUCGACCAUCCAAGUGAGUACUUGACAUCCAUCUCGGGCUACACCGAAGAAGUUUCUGGACUCACCAUUCUUCAGUCGUUGACAAUCCAUACUAAUACAAGAGAUCAUGGUCCAAUCGGAACAGCUAAUAAAGGGAGACAUUUUUCAUUUCCAUACACUGGCGGCAAAAUCAUUGGGUUUCAUGGGACAUGCGAUGGCCCUCGUCUCGAGUCCAUUGGAGCUUUUUACGAGCCGAUUCCGCAUUCACACCCCAUUAAGGUUUUCGGGCCUUUUGGAGGCGAAGGCGAAAAAUCCUGGGAUUUUGCUGAUAUAAAGGGGAUUGAUGUGCACUGCGCAGACUACAUCAAGUCCAUAACUUUUCAAGUGGACGACGCCACCAGCACUGAACCGGAAACUAAUUAUGGUGUAAAUGGCGGGGAGAAUACUUUCAAGGUUAAACUGAGAAAUGGAGAGUACAUAACUUCUUUUGCUGGAUAUCUCAAGAAUGCAAAUGAUAGAGGCACUCUGAUCAACUCGCUCACAUUUGAAACCAACGGAAGAAUUUUGGGACCCAUUGGUAGAGAGGAAGGGGAGUACUUCUCCUUACCAUCGAAAGCUGGGAAAGUUACUGGCUUUUUCGGGAGAAGUUGUGAUUAUCUAGAAUCUAUCGGAGCAACAGUCGAGCCAAACUAUCCCUUCAAUUACGUGGGGUUAUUUGGUAGUGCAAAAGAAGCGUCAUUUUGGAACGAUGGCAAUAAGCAUACCAAUGUAAGGAAAAUUAUUGUUGAAUUUGAGCCAAGUAAAGGGUCAUACAUGCGAUCAAUCACGUUUCAGUAUGAAGAGGAGAACAAAGAAUUGUGGCAAUCGGAGACACAUGGUGGCAUUGAUGACAGAAAGUUCCAUAUAGUAAAGACGGUCCACACGAUUCAAAUACAUGAUCCAGAUGAGUACCUGACUUCAAUAUCAGGGUAUUGUUUUUUGCUCGGCAUUACUUCUCUCACGUUUCAAACUAACAAAAAGACGAUCGGACCUAUUGGUGAUGAAGGAGGAUGGCACUUCUCCUGUCCUGCAACGGGUGGCAAAAUUGUUGGAUUUUAUGGGACGAGUGGUGAAUAUCUUGAAUCAAUUGGAGUAUAUUUUCAACCGAUCUCACAUCUCUACCCAAUUAUAUCGACCGGGCCGUUUGGAGGCCUAGGUGGAAGUGCUUGGGAUGAUGGGAAAUUCAAUGGUGUGAUGGAAAUCGAGGUAAUGUAUGACGAUGUUGUCUGUUGCAUUAAGUUUGCGUAUGACAAGAGUGGAGAACGAGUUUGCUCAGUUAUGCACGGUGGUCGCUCUGGACGAGUUAAUGCCAUGGGCACUACUAGGGUUAUAUUUGAUUAUCCAAGGGAAUACUUGACAUCAAUAUCUGGUUACAAGCGAGAAAAUGGUGACGACGCUGAUAAUGCUAUCGUUCAGUCGCUCACAUUUUACAGUAAUAGAGGAAGAUAUGGCCCCUUUGGCAUCGAGAUGGGGAAGUACUUUUGGUAUCCAUCGACCGGAAGCAAAAUCAUCGGCUUUUACGGAAGAAGCAGCAAGACUCUCAAUUCCAUAGGAGUGUAUGCAGAGCCCGUACCGCACCUUUAUCCUCGUGAAAUCUUUGGACCCUUUGGAGGCUCUGGUGGUACUCCAUGGGAUGAUGGAGUUCAUACUGAUGUGAGAGGGUUUUACAUUUAUGUGGAUUUAGCAGUCCAAGUAAUUACCGGCAUUAGGAUUGCGUACGAUAACAAUGGUGCCUCCGUCCAAUGCUCUCGUCAUGGCAUAGGAGAGGUAGCACAGUACCAGGUCAAUCUAAAUUAUCCCAAGGAGCGUCUAAUUUCGAUAACGGGUUCGAUGAACGGAAUUCGAAACGCUCCUGACACCAUCAUCCAUGACCUGCGAAUACACACCACGAAGACCACUUACGCGUUGCGAACAGGAGGGUCAAUGGAUCCUCUUGCAAGGUUAACGGAAUUUCGCAUCCCGUUGGAACCGGGCGGUGGUAGGAUCGUUGGCUUUUUCGGAAGGGCGGGAUCACAUCUUAAUUCUAUCGGAGCGCGCCUAGAACCAUGUUAGAUUAAACCCCCUCCCUCCCCCAAUCUUUUUUUCCCUGGCUUGCAAUUGUACGAGCGUUUUUCUUUGUUUUCUUAUUUGGUCUAGUAAGCGGUGG